AUGAAAGGAGUUGAAGAAAGCAUGAGUAAGAAUAAUAAUGAUGGAGAUCUUGAAUAUUAUCAAGCAAAACAAAAUGCUGGACAAAUACCUGUAAGCAAAAAUGAAACAACGAAAACUUCGAAAUCAUCUUCACACGCUACGACAUUACAAUCAAAAUCAGAUGGUUACGUAUCAAUGAAUGAAUCAUCAGAAAAACAAAAGGAAUUUCAACGUUUUAAAGAGAUAACAUUUGCACAAAAAGCAAGUGAAAAAGCUAAACAAAAUCCACUUAUACCUAUUGGAUUAUUAACAACAGUAGCUGCUUUAACAUUAGGUCUUCGUGCAGUGUCUCGUGGUGAUAAAUGGCAAUCACAAAUGAUGAUGCGAGCUCGAAUUGGUGCUCAAGGUUUUACAAUUCUUGCUGUUCUUGCUUCUAUUAUGUACGCUGGUCAGAGUCGAGAACCCGCACCAACACCCGCACCAACACCUCCACCACCUGCUCAAUCUUCUACAUCAUGA